GAUGUUUAUAAAUUAACCAAUCAGAAUGUUGCAUUUUUAAUUAUUCCAUCUUGGGGACUUCCCCUAAAAUCUGCUGAUAGAUGUCGUCUUCGAUUGCCCCGCCCUCUAUAGUUUAAUAAUCGUGGAAAAUAAUUCGCAAAAAGAAUUGGCCAAUUAUGACCUCCUUAGGCGUCAUUAGGCUACUUUCGGCAUACUUUCUGUGUUUUGUGAGUAGUGUACACUCCCAGGAUAUCUUAGGAUGUGGUGGAUUCGUCAAAUCGGAUGUAGAUAUCAACUAUUCCCAAGUUGAGGUGAAAUUAUAUACAAAACAUGGCAGCUUGAAGUAUUCUACUGACUGUGCCCCUAACAAUGGCUACUACAUGAUACCCCUCUAUGACAAAGGAGAUUAUGUCCUCAAGGUUGAGCCACCCACAGGAUGGAGCUUUGAACCAUCCAGUGUUGACCUUCAUGUGGAUGGGACAACAGAUAAAUGUAGCAAGGGAGAGGACAUCAACUUUGUAUUCACUGGCUUUGCUGUCAAUGGCAAGGUGAUCAGUAAGGGCAGUGCUAGUGGACCUGAGGGGGUCCUAGUCUCAUUGACUAAGACUACCUCCACUGAUACCAGACUUCAGACCAAGACAGUACAAGGUGGCAGCUACCAGUUUGAUAAACUCCUACCUGGGAAGUACAUGGUCCAAGCUUCUCACCCAACCUGGACAUUUGAGAAGAACAAUGUGGAGGUCGAGAUCUCCAAUGGUAAUGGUGAUGCGGGCAGCUCUAUUGUUGUGCUGGGAUAUGAUGUCAGCGGGAAGGUGUUCAGUGAGGGAGAGCCAAUCAAAGGAGUGAAUUUCAUUCUCUUCUCCCAAACUGUGUCAGCUAAGAGUAUCAAAGGCUGUGACACCAAACCUGUGGCUGCAUUCAAAGCCCCUGCAGGAAAACAGCCGCUCUGUCAUGUUGUAUCUGGUCAAGACGGAUCAUUCAGCUUCCCACAGCUACCGGCUGCUGACUACUCGAUUAUGCCAUUCUACAAGGGAGAACACAUAACAUUUGAUGUGAUUCCAUCAGUGCUUGACUUUACUGUGAAUCACAACACUGUUGUACUAGAGAAAUCUUUCCAAGUCGCUGGUUUUUCUGUUAGUGGACAAGUCAAGGUCUCUGCUAAGGGGGCUGGUAUAGAUGGUGCUAAGAUAUUACUCAACAAUAAGGAACUAGCUAUAACUAAACAAGGGGGCUUCUACCAUCUUGAUAACAUGAAGACUGGCACAUACAGUCUUACAGCCAAGGCAGACAGACUGGAGUUUGAAGCUAUGGAAGUGAAGGUGACCCCCAAUACACCACAGCUACCACCCCUCAUAGCAACCAAGUUCAGUGUCUGUGGUAAGAUUGUGAUAGAUAGAGUACCUGACAGCUUAGACCAACUUGAUACCACAAGGCAAGUGACCUUGGAGUCGAAAGGUCAACAAACCGUCACCUUGUCCUCAGAUGCUAAAGGUCAAUUCUGUACUAAAGUUAAACCAGGAGUAUAUUCUCUGAAGCCUGUAUUGAGUGCCAAAGAAAUCAGAGCUGGUUUGAAACUAGCCCCAUUUGAUAAACAAGUGACAGUCACAGAUGCUUCUGUAGAUGGGAUUCUCUUUUCACAGUUCCAAGCCAAAGUUACUGGCAAAGUGGCAUGCUUAGAAUCAUGUGGAAAGAUGCAAGUGAUCUUGGCUGCAGUUGGACGAACAGACGAGCGUAAAGUGGCACAAGUGACAUCAUCUGGCACAUUUACAUACACAGACAUAAUGCCUGGCAAAUAUAGAGCGAGUGUUUCUCAGGAUGAAUGGUGUUGGAAGGAAAGAAGCAUUGACUUUGAUGUUCAGGAUAAAGACAUAACUGAUCUCCAGUUUGAACACACAGGAUAUAUACUCUCUGUUACAUUAUCUCAUGAAAUAACACUGAACUUUGCCCAGGAAGGGAAACCAGGGAAUGUUGGUUCAUUCAGUGUAUCUAAGGGUGUCAACAGGUUCUGUCUGGCCAAGCCUGGUCUUUACAGUCUCAGCCCUGUCUCUUGCCACCAGUUCCAGCAGGAGAUCUUCAAAUAUGACACGUCUGCCCCCAAAGUGUUGUCUCUGACCGCAGUGCGCCACCUGGUAUCUGGAGUUGUUACUACAAAUGAACUACAGAAUGACAUCAAAGUAACUAUAACAUCUGCAGGUGACAACACUGAAGUUGUAUUAGGACCCCUUGAAGCAGAUGGUGUUCCGCCUCCCACUCAGAACAAGGAUGAAAAGAAACAAGCACCACCCAAGGGGCCCUUUUCCUACAAAUUUUCUCACAUGGCUAAGACUGGUGAACAGCUAGGGAUGAAACCAAGCUCUGGUGUGGUGUUAUUCUAUCCAGCCCAACAACUUGUAACAGUUGAAGAUGGCUGUCCUGUGGAGCCUGUAAGAUUUCAAGGCAAAAAGGGUGUGUUUAUAGAGGGUGAAAUCCAGCCCUCACUUCAGGGUGUCCACGUUUCCAUAUCAUCUGAUGCUGGCACAGACCCUCUCAAGGUCAUAUCUGACGCCAAGGGAAAAUACAGAGUGGGCCCCUUACAUGGUGACCAAGAUUACAGUGUGAAUGCUGAAAAAGAAGGCUAUGUGCUGACACCUAUUGAGGGGAGAAAGGGUUUCUUCAAGGCUUUCAAACUUGGGCAAGUCUUAGCUAAGGUAUCUGACACAGUGGGUACUCCACUGGGAGGUGUCUUGCUGUCUCUGAGUGGGGGAUCAGCCUACAGAAGCAACAACCUCAGCCACACUAAUGGAACUAUGACCUUUGGAAACCUGAGCCCAGGAGAGUAUUUCCUGCGACCAAUGAUGAAGGAGUACAAAUUCACUCCUGCCUCACAGAUGAUUAAUGUCCUAGAGGGCAGCACUGUCAAUAUAGAUAUUAUUGGCAGCAGGGUUGCUUACAGUGUGUAUGGUACAGUGUCAUCACUGAAUGGAGAACCUGAACAAGUUGUUAUCAUAGAGUCAGUGGGCAAGAACAACUGCAGUGACCUACAAGAAGAGGGUAAAACAGAGCAGGAUGGUAGUUAUAGAAUAAGGGGUCUGCAGCCUUAUUGUGAAUAUGUCAUCCAACUGAAGGGUGAUGAUGUCAAUCAACACAUAGAGAGAGUGGCCCCCAAAGAGGUCAUUGUCAAGCCUACUAACGCUGAUAUGACAGGGGUGAACAUGAUAGCAUUCCGACGCCUCAACCAGAUGGACGUCAGUGGGAAUGUCAUAACAGAUGUGCAAUAUCUCAGUUCUCUCAAGGUGCGUCUGUACAGGGAGGAGAAUCCAGACAGCCCGAUCCAUACAGCCUCCUUAGUGAACACUCCUUUCUUCUACCUCCCCUCUCUGGCCAGGGAUGGACAGAGGUAUUCCCUACGAUUGACCAGCACUCUUGGUCGCUCCACCCAUGACUUCACUCUGCCUGAGACCCAGUUCACAGCAGACACCACAUACAAGCACUUCACCUUUAAGUUCAAUCCAAAACCACGUCCAAUAGAGCAAGAAUUGGCGCAGAGUUCAGUCUUAGUACUCCCUCUCACUUUACUUGUGUUAGCCCUGGCUUAUAAUUACCAGAAGCUACUACCCAUGUUAUCUCAAGGUGUUAUACAAUUACGAAGUGCCGUGAAUAAGCAAAUAGCUCAGAACAUUCCCCAGCCUCAAUCUGAUAAUGACGACAUUGCGGGUAUUGCUGAAGAAAUCAUGGGCAAAAAGAAAAAUAAAGCGAGGAAGGCGUGAUUAAAAUUAAUUUAGGAUAUUUUAAUUUAACAAAUAGAUCAUGCAAAAUUAUUGAUCUACCAAAAUACAGAAUAGUACUCUAUGAAAUUAAUUUUUAAUGAUGAAUUGGAUCAAUAAAGUAAAUGAU